UUACUUUUUCAUUUAAGACAUGUUUUACCGUAGGCUAAACUCACAUGCAUACCUUUAAAAAAAAAAGAUUGAUUGCCAUUACUCACUGGUUUUAAAGAGGUAAUUUAGUGAUAAAUUCCAUACAUUAGGCCUAUUAUUAUGCGCCGUGAUAUUCGGCACGUUCACAUAGAUACAACAUCAAAGGCUUUAUUGCGUUAGACACCAUCAGCAGCUUCGCCUUGCAAAAUGUCAAGGCGUUGCAGAAAGAGGAAGAUCAAGUGAGCUACACUACACACACAGCCAAGUUCUAACAAGUUCCCACAAGGGCUUCGCGGAGAGGUUGCAGUCGCCACGGGUUUCCGGGAAGAGAGUUGCGCGCAAAGGGGCAUCAUGAAGGACCAAAGCUGUACUGAUGAAAUUACUCAAAUCUUCCAAGAGGCUCCGCCGGCGAGACAAGCCCUGUUGGACAACUACAACAACCUGAUGAACGUGGCCGACUACUGCGAGAAUAACUACCUGCAGGCAGGUGCGGAUGCGGCCAAGGCUCUGGAGGAGACUAAGAACUUCACCACUCAGUCUCUGGCCAGUGUGGCCUACCAGAUCAGCACCCUGGCCUCCAAUGUCCUCAAGCUGCUGGAUGCACAGAACUCCCAGCUCAGACACAUGGAGUCCUCUGUCAACCUCAUCGGACAGACAGUGGACAUGCACAGAGAGAAGGUGGCCCGGAGAGAGAUAGGGGCUUUCACCACAGCCAAGAGGGUUCCCCGCAGUCACAAAAUAAUCCCCCCGGCAACAGGCAAGGAGCCCAAACCCAAGUACACCCGUAGUCCCAUCACCUACUCGGACCUGGACACACAGGGACAUGGCAUGAAGAAUUCUGGUAAGCUGCUGGGGAAAGCAGGGUCAACACGCAAACAUGGCGGCACCAUCAGCAGGAGCACUUCCAGAGCACCCCCAGAGCCUGUCCAGUGUCCCAUAGCCCCCUCUCUGUCUCAAGGGGCGUCCCUCACCUCUCUCCAUGAUCGCUCCAUUGGGUCCAGCUUCGGCAAGGCCGUGCCUCCCCCCGUGGUCCCCAGCUGGCCCGCGUCACCUGACUCUGACAUCAUCACCACUCUGCUGGAGGAGGCCCCACCACCGCCCCUGUCUCUGAUGGAGGAUGGUGACGCCGCCAUGACUGCUCCGGCCCCUCCUCCUCCUCCUCCCAUGGCGCCUCCUGCCUCCUCUCUGGAUGUCCCUCCUCCCCCUCCACUGCCCCCCACAACCAGCAGCCCUGAACCUGCCCAUACCAGCCUAGCCUGCAUUCCCCCUCCCCCUGCCCCACCCCCACUGGAGACUGUAGCUGAAGAGAACAGCUUCCCGCCUCCCAUGCCACCACCAUCUGACGAGCCACUCCCUCCACCAACCAGUGAGGGCCUGGAGCUCCCUGGCCCUCCACCGAGUGAUGAGGUGGAUGAAGAUCUGGUGAUCCCAGCCCCUCCUCCUCCAAAUUUUCCCGACAGCGUGGUGGGCUUUGAUGACGACAUGUCACUCCUACCUCCCCCUGCGGAUUAUGACACGACUGGCCCUACAGACUUUUUGGAGAAAGUGGUGGCGCUGUACAGCUACAACUCAGGGAAUCCUGGAGACCUGGUGUUCCUGGAGGGAGAAGUCAUCUACCUGAUCAAGAGGAAUGAAGAUGGCUGGUGUGAGGGACUGCUCAACGGAGUAGAGGGAUUCUUCCCUGGGAACUACGUAGAUUCCUCCACCAGCUAAGAUAUUAGACCACUUAAAGGUAGACUCAGUGAUAUGACAUAUACGCAGAAAGUAAACAGCAUAGUGGGUCAAUUUUCUCUACAACUAAGAGUGUUGAAGCCCGAGGAUCAACUUUGUCCUCUGUUUUGGUCUUGUGGCUACCAUGUUGUAAAAGUGUGAAGCGAACCCGUGCACAUGCGCAGAUUCUGUGUGUGACUGUGUGAGAGCGGAGUCGUGCAUCUCGCUUAUCACAAUAUCUCUGGUGCUGCUCGUAGCAAUGUCAUUUCGCUUAGUCUACCUGUAAUAUGAAAAGGGGAAAGUAGGCUCUGUCCACAAACAACUCAUAACCCUAUACCCUAAGUCUACCUAGGCACUUUAUGUUGACCAGGAAGAAUUGGACAGGUAUAAUCAUACCUAUUCACAUCAUUGGUAAAAGCAAUAACUAUUGUAGCUUCACCUGUCCCUUCGAUAGGCCAGAUGGAAUUUCAACCAUAUUGGUAUUUCAACCACCAGAGUUUAGGGCUGUUGGUUGUUGGGUUGUUUCUUGAUGGGGACAUAGUCAACUAUUAGCUUUGUAGAAAGUCCUCUACUGACCCCUACAGGUCAUAGUAAUGUGAACGGAAAAUAAAGCAAUAUUUACACAUGGAAUGAUGACAGGAUUCUGAAAUAUAGCCACUAUAUAGAGCGAGGGGCUAGCUAUGUAUUACCCAGAGGGUCACUAGGUAGGACGACUUAAUAUCUGCUCUCUUUCAACCAAGACUAGAUGCAAGAUACAACGUCAUGAAGGUAGUGAAUACUUGGUAAAGAGGGAAAAUGCUUUGCAAGUUAUAUAAUAGCUCUAUGUCCUGUUCAGUAUUGUUUUACAAGUACUGUAGUGCCAGUAUGUGAACUAGAUUGGCCUUACUGUUGCGCUCACUAGGACAAGCCCUGAACACUGCAAAAUGAUGUGGUAAAGUUGCAUCCGUUUUUUGUCAAUGGAACCAGGCACUGUUUGCUGCUGCAGUUUUUGGCUCUGCAGGAUGAUAUUGGUCUCUUAACUAGAAUUUCACUAAUAUAUUUUGUAAUAUUCAAACUAAGAUGAAGUAAUAUAUGGAUUAUUGAGAAAAUUCAUACAAAAAAAAUAUUUGUAUGAAUUCUCUCGCAUGGUGAAAAUAUUUUACUGUAGUGAUGUCAUGAUAUUGAAAAAUCUAACAGUGCUUUUCAACUUGUUAAUGUUUUCAGUUAGAGUUUCAUUUUGGUAUUUAGUACAUCCUUUUAGAUUGAACAAUGUUUUAUUUACAUGUCUUUCAAUAAAUGCUUAGCGUUUCGAAAUAAACUUUUCCAAUUGUAACUCCUUUAACAAUUAUACAACCAUAACCCACUUCAGAUAAAGUUAAUCUCUUCCAAUAUUCUCAUGCUAAUCUAGAAACCAACUAUAGAAAAAAGAUGACAACGGUAUGUGCUAUGAAGAGCGUUAAGAGGAGUGACAAACUAAGUCCAUAUCAUUUUGUUGUCUAAGACAUGCCCCGAUAGGUCUUAUUCUAAUGCUAAGACAGCAUGAUACAGUAACUUUACCAUUGUGUUAGGCCUCAUCGUGGCCACGGCAGCUCAGGUGCUGUGCCUUUAAACAGCAAAGGGUUGCCAUAAACCUGUAACCGUAACCCUCAGUCCCAUAGCACACCUUUUGCCAGAUAAGACAAACGUUCACACAGUACACAUACACUCUGGUCUUCUAUAUUCACACACACACACACACACACACACAGUACACAUAGGUUCAGGUCCUUAUUGAUUUCCGUUGAAGUACCAGGUUCACUGAAGUGGCUGCUGGCUUCAAGGUUUCUACUGAGGUGCAGGUGUUAACUUCACAAGAUGCCGAUACAAGACACGUUUCUCAUUUUAGAAAUCUUCAUCCCGUUGAUCACAUUUGGCAUCACCAUCAUCUGCUGCAUAGCCUUCUGUAAGUUCUUACACCGGGCCCGCGAGAGACGAAACAGGGCCUCCAUCUAUGUCAUUCCCUUCCCCGCAGUAUCUUAUGACAACGAAGACAUCCACAGACCUCCUCGCUACAGCACCUCAGAGUUCUACAGCCCACCGCCUGCCUACAAUGAGGUGGAGAUGAAGCCAGACUUUAUCUACCCAGAGCUUCCUCCAGCCUACUCUGAGCUCUCCAACACACCUGUUUUCCCCCUGCAACCUUACUCAGUGCCUCCUGAACCCCACUCCCAACCAUAGGACCGUACCACCUUAGGAAUCCCAUGAAGGGGAGGCCUGAGGCCACAGACUAAAGGAUAAAUAACACAGAAAAUGGCACGUAGUGUAUGUGGAGUGGGGAUCCUGAAGCUGGACAUGUAUACCACAGAGACUUGGUCCUUGGGAAUGUGGAAUGAGGACGUGAGUUGGAAGGUUUGGAGACCAUAAGAAAAAGCAAGUGUUUGGACGUCUAUGAAAGUGUGUACUUCAAAGCAAAAGUUGGGGACAAGAGAUCGAAUGGGGUUGCAUAGUAGCUAUAGCUACCAGUCUGUACAAACCAGUGUGUAAAUAUUAAGAAAUCUUUCACAUUUAAUUUUUCAAUGUGUUACUCAGAAUAGUUUAUUAAUUUAUGUAUCAAUGUCAUGGACCUUGUUGUGUAAUAUGGUAAAUUAUUUGAACUAUUUUGACAUCGGGAAUAAAGUCUGUUCUCAUAUCAGUGA